AUGGCAGAGCCAUCAGAGUUCGACCCAUCAGAGGAGGUGUUCGACCCACUCGUGGACUCGGCAUCUUCUCAGACGGAUGAACAAGACUCCUCGGAUGAUUCGGGUCUCAGAACUUCUGGACCUAGAAACGGACAGUUGGACCCCUGGAACAAUGUCGUAUACGGAACAACACAUGGAAUCUCCCAGCCAGAAAACUUAGUAAAGGAUAUGAAAAAACUGGCCAUUGACCCCAGUGCCAAGAAGCCUCCUGCUUCCCUGGCAGGACUUAAACUUGGGCGCAGCCGCCGCAGCCACAGCCGCAUCCUCUGCCGCGCAAUAAAGAUGAGAAUGGUCGAGAACAAAAGUGAGAAAAUCUUGAGGGAGGUCCAAAGUGCCUUUCCCAAGAGAAGAGUCCGCACAUUACUGUCUGUGCAGAACAAUCCUGUCGCGAAGAUGAAGCGAUUAAUGCGGAUUGAAAAGAAAUUAAAAAGCUGCAAUGAUGGAAAUGUGUUUGACGAAGCACAACCAUUCAAAUGCCUCUGUACUUUCUGCCUGUACAAUGGCUGGGAUCCUUCUGAGAAUGCAAAAAUUGGAAAAAAAUAG